CGUAUGUCGACUUCCGCAUGCCAACGUUGCCACGUUUACCUCCCCGGGAAAGUCGACUAAACACGGGGUGGAACUAACGGCAACCAUGUCUGAUUUUUUUAAACCCAGUUGGCCGUUGGAGUUCCAUCCCCAAACGUAGAGGUCGCCUGUGUCGCUUACUGCGCAGGAGUGCCAAUCGCCGCAAGAAAUUUGCGUUAUUUUUAUUCCUGCUAGAGCGUUUAAUAGCAGGGGAUUUUCAAGGUCGUCGAGGUUGCCGUGCCCCAAUUGGCCUCGGCUACAAUUUGUUGGUUAAAUUUAGGGAUUUUAUUUUUUUGUUGUUGUACCUAUUACCUGCCUCUACCGAAAGAGUAAAUGUCGCCUUUUUUGGUUAAAAGUAAGCAGUGUUCUCUACCGCAUUUGAUGUCUUUUACAUCGGCUAUUUUUACGUUUAAUUUGUUCAGGUUGUUAAAAAUAUAACCCUCUUCAGAAUAGGCUACAAAAAGUUUGGCCCCACUGGCUAUUUUUACUACUUUAUCGUUAUCACUUAACCCCAGAUUCAUUAUUUUGCUUAAUUUAAUAUCUUUAUCAUUUAAGUUAACUUUACAGACACACCCUAAAUCUCCCAACAUAAAAACCUUAUCAUCUGUCAUACUAACAUCAACAGGGUUUAAAUUGUUUAUACCUAACUUAUUAAAAUCACUUUCUCCAUACCCUGUACACAAAAAAUGCUCUCCAUUUUUAACAACACAACAUGUUUGAUUUAACCAUACCCUGCUGACAUUCUCUCCUCGAAAAAACUCAUGGAAUUGCUCUAUUAAUACUUUAUCACAGGACACCUGCUUAUAUAGAUUAAAACCACGAAAAAACACAAGCAUUGUAUCGAUUAAAUACCUAAUAAUUGUGUUGACAUCAACCCACACCACACGGUUGUAUUGUUGCGUCUUUAUUUUUACAAUUACUGUGAUAGUUUUAGCAAUUCGUUAACAAAUUAAGUCAAAAUAUUUAAUAUUAUGGGUUUACUGUCGAUUUUAAGAAAACUAAGGGCCGCCCCAGAGCGAGAAUUAAGAUUGUUACUGUUGGGUUUGGAUAAUGCCGGCAAAACGACGAUUUUGAAGACGCUAGCGUCCGAAGAUAUAUCCCAAAUUACCCCAACAGCAGGUUUUAAUAUAAAAUCUGUGGUUUCUGAGGGUUUCAAGUUGAAUGUUUGGGAUAUCGGCGGACAGAGGAAGAUACGGCCCUAUUGGAAGAAUUACUUUGAAAAUACUGAUGUUUUGAUAUACGUGGUGGAUUCUGGAGACAAAAAGCGUCUGGAAGAGACGGGAAUCGAACUCUAUGAACUCCUAAGCGACGACAAACUAGAGGAAGUUCCGCUGUUGGUGUACGCUAACAAACAAGACUUACCGCAAGCCCUAACGGCAGCAGAAUUAGCCGAAGCCUUGGGCUUACCCUCGAUAAAAGACCGCGCCUGGCAGAUACAGGCGUGUACUGCUAGCGAGGGCAAAGGCGUGCGUGAGGGGAUGGAGUGGGUGUGCAAAAGCAUCAAGAAAAGAUGAGAAUUCGGAUACCACUAAAUUUUGUUGUCCUUUUCAAAUCUUGUUUUUUUUUAUCAAUUUUAAUGUAAAGUGAAAUUUUCAAUUACAUACAAAAUAUCAAAUAAGAAUUUUUAUUUUGCCAAUUAAAAAUAUCAUGGC